CUUUCAUGCACAGAAAGCAGAAGAUCGAGAAGAUGCGAGUGAUUUUCUUGUUUCGAGGGUUUUAAUGAUUUCUUCUUAGAAUAUCUUGGUGAAGGUGUGAGCUAGCUAGGGCUUGCUGUGCGCCAAACUGGCAGACAUUGAUUUUUGGAUGCACAUUUACUCUGAAGUUUAUGGUAGGCUAGUUGCGAAACAGAAGCAGAAUAUGUCAAAACAGGAAGUCAUGUUUGUAUAACAGCAUGAGCGCAUGAAAAAACCCCUAUGUAAUAAGCCUAGUCCAUCAAACUUUAAAAUAUUCUCUUUGAAGCAGGCUUUGAAAUCAACAUUAUAGGUGACUUUAAAAGUUGCCAAAGAACGUUUGAUAGCCUGUUACUUUGUGAUUUUUCACCAGGCGCCUACUUCUCCAAACAUACGGUUUGUUUUGCCAAUUAUCAUUAUGGGAGACCACAGCCCAUCCCGUGUGGCGAUUAUCCUACUAUCUUUUGUGGUUUACGUCGCGGCCCUGGCAUUUAACGGUCUGGCAGGUCCUGGGAAAGGUCCAUUCUCACAAAGUACAGGAGAUGUGUCCGGUAAAUACGAGACUGAAAUCACACCUGCGGGAUGGACUUUCUCCAUUUGGGGUCUUAUAUAUACCUGGCUCUUAAUCAUGCUUAUUUAUAUCCUCACGUGGCUUUGUAGAAGGGACUCCAGUGGUUGGAUGUACUGCAGCCCAGCAGUUCUUCCCUACGGAUUUUUCAUCUCCUGGAUCAUUAAUAUGAUUCUAAACAUCACCUGGCUAAUCCUAUGGGACAGAGAGCAGAUGAUCCCUGGACUGAUAGUCCUAGCUCUGGUUGCCUUCUCCAACUACCUGACGAUAUUCUUCUCCUGUCGUGGCCUCAGUGCACAUGGCAACUGGCUCAGUCAGCAUCACCCCAAAGAUCUCUGGUGCAUCAGAGUACUCGUCCAGAAUGGCAUUGCUCUUUACGCUACAUGGACGACUAUCGCCACACUCAUUAAUUUCACAAUCGUGCUGGAUAUCUCUGGGGUGUCAAAAACAGAUGCGGCCACAGCCUCUCUUUGUCUUCUUCUGAUUGAGGUCAUUGGGUGGUUUAUUGUGGAGAAUUUUGUGAUUGACCGACAUGUGCGAUACAUCCUCACAAUAUAUCCUGUGGUGAUAAUGGCUCUGGUCGGUAAUGUCUACAAACACUAUGACCCUGAAGCACCUGGACGAAAUGCUAAGUUUACAGUUGUCCUCCUCGUCCUGGCCUGUUUGCUGUUUGUAGUUCGAGUCAUCAUGGUGAUAUGGAAACACAGGAAGCAGCCACUUUAUCAGGGGUCCAGUGGUGUCUCUACAAUGUCACCCAGAAAUGAAACCAAGCAGUGAUAAAACCCCUAUGCGGCACUGUUACCUACAUAUACAGUACUCCACAUCAACACUAGCCCCAGUUGACACGUCAGCAACACAUACAGGCAUGAUAUGCCAUAACUAUCUUGCUUGCCAUACAGUAUCUAGAAGGUAUUUUACUGAUCUUUAACAGCCCUAUAUUUGUAUAACAGAUACCUCAUUAACAUUUUCUUGAAAGGUCAAAGUAAUGAUGUAUUUUUAACAAGACACAACUUGCAAUAGCCUACUCACAUUUUCUAUUUUUAUAUUUAUUAUGAUCAAUAAAUGACUCUAUAGCU